AUGGGUCAACGAGGCUCAUGCUGCAAAUGCUCAAGACUGAGCGAGAGACAGCCACCCGAUGGGAAAGUCUCUCCUCCGAAGGACCCUAAGCAUCCUUUCCUCAGCCAUCGCAGGCGGAUGGGGAAUCAUUCCUCUAUGCUUGAAACCGGGAAACUUGGAGGUUCUGGUGAGACGCUAGAGCAAGAAUGGGAACCAUCCAGGUACCAAAGAGCACCAAGCAUAUCCCAUGUCACAGAUCGUUUUGAAAAUGACUGGGCUAGUCAUGCAACAAUAAAACCCCCGGCAGUGUUGAUUAGGAAGAAGGACGAAGGAAGAACAGAAAGUGACCAGGAAGCGAUGCAUAGCGAACCUGUGAAAACCAUCGAACGAAAAUUACAUUUUCCAAUCAAAAGGUCCCGACCUAACAGAAUUUCACUUCAAAGUUAUCUCGAAAGGACCAAUUGA